GGCUGGGCUGCUGCACUGCAAGGAUGAGGCUUCCUGGCUGGUUGUGGCUGAGCUCCGCGGUCCUCGCUGCCUGCCGAGCGGCGGAGAAGCACAACCUGACUGAAGGGCUGGAGGAUGCGAGCGCCCAGGCUGCCUGCCCCGCGAGGCUGGAGGGCAGCGGGAGGUGCGAGGGCAGCCAGUGCCCCUUCCAGCUCACCCUGCCCACGCUGACCCUCCAGCUCCCGCAGCAGUUCGGCAGCAUGGAGGAGGUGCUCAAAGAAGUGCGGACCCUCCAGGAAGCUGUGGACAGUCUGAAGAAAUCCUGCCAGGACUGCAAGUUGCAGGCUGAUGAACAUCCAGACCCUGGCGGGAAUGGAGCAGAGACGGCCGAGGACAAUCGAGUCCAGGAACUGGAGAGUCAGGUGAACAAGCUGUCCUCAGAGCUGAAGAAUGCAAAGGAGGAGAUCCAGGGGCUGCAGGGGCGCCUGGAGUCGCUCCAACUGGUAAAUAUGAACAACAUCGAGAACUACGUGGACAACAAAGUGGCAAAUCUAACCUCUGUGGUCAACAGUUUGGAUAGCAAGUGUUUCAAGUGCCCCAGCCAAGAACACAACCAGCCAAAUCCAGUUCAACAUCUAAUAUACAAAGAUUGCUCUGACUACUACGUGUUAGGGAAGAGAAGCAGUGGGACCUACAGAGUUACGCCUGAUCACAGGAACAGCAGCUUUGAGGUCUACUGCGACAUGGAGACCACGGGUGGAGGCUGGACAGUGCUGCAGGCUCGCCUUGAUGGGAGCACCAACUUCACCAGAGGGUGGAAGGACUACAAAGCCGGCUUCGGGAACCUUGAACGAGAAUUUUGGCUGGGCAACGAUAAAAUUCAUCUUCUGACCAAGAGUAAGGAAAUGAUUUUGAGAAUAGAUCUCGAAGACUUUAAUGGUCUCACACUUUACGCCGUGUACGAUCAGUUUUAUGUGGCUAACGAGUUUCUCAAAUACCGGUUACACCUCGGUAACUAUAAUGGCACGGCAGGGGAUGCCUUGCGUUUUAGCCGACAUUACAACCACGACCUGAGGUUUUUCACCACCCCAGACAGAGACAAUGAUCGGUACCCCUCUGGGAACUGUGGGCUCUAUUACAGCUCAGGCUGGUGGUUUGAUGCAUGUCUCUCUGCCAACUUAAAUGGCAAAUAUUAUCACCAGAGAUACAAAGGGGUCCGUAAUGGGAUUUUCUGGGGCACCUGGCCUGGUGUAAGUCAGGCACACCCAGGGGGCUACAAGUUCUCCUUCAAGAAGGCCAAGAUGAUGAUAAGACCCAAGAGUUUUAAGCCAUAAAUUCAUGCUCGUUUCUCUGGGCACUCACUAUCUAAGAGGACAGUGCAUUCCUCCAGCCUUGACUGUAUGCCUCAGUUUAUAUCCCCUUCCUGUGGCUAAACACUCCCUUUUAAGCUUUACAGCUUUAAAAUAAAGCUGGAAAUGUCUAAAACAGACUCUUUGGUGGCUGUUAUAUGAGGAAUGCUCGAAAGCACUGGAAAUAGUGACGAUUAUACAUUAUAAUUGCAAGACUUUUCAUUUUUAUUAGUUGAAAAGUUUCCUACUAUUUUUAUUAUUUUUUAUAAUAAAAAACUAAAUUAUUCAGCAAGCUAAAUUCUGUAUACUCAAGUUUUAUUUUCACUAGGGCUAAACGCACACAUUUGAAAAUACACCAGUCUUUUUCAGGGUACAGACGCUCGUGUAUCUGGAGCUAAGAACUAUAGUAUUUUCUUUGGUCCAAGAAAUAGUUUAGUUCUCAAAAAGAAAGUCAGGGAUGGGGUUUUGGUGGGCAGGGAUUAAAUAGCUAAAUUUAUUUAUCUAAUGCAAAAUAUGGCAUUAAAAUGCCUUAAAAUACAGUAGCAUAAUAUAUGUCUUUUUCCUCUCCAAAAUUGGAAAAUACUGCUACCCUGGAGAUUGUGGUUUCGUGGUGACCCACGUACUGUUUAUAGCCUGUUAGACCCUGAUACAGAAGCUGCUUUGUCAUCUCCUCUCUGUGCACGAUAGUGUUUAGUGUAAGGUGCGAGACUACUGUAAGGCUUCCUUGGAGAAAGGCAUGGUAAGGGAAAACAGCGUUUAAUUAUACUUUGAAGGCCAAUGCUAGACCCAAAGCAAGACUUGAGUUGUUGAGGAAUCAACUUCCUAGGAAGCAGACUUUUCUAGAACAAAUAUAUUUAUUGUGAUACAUUUUGAUAGAGUAGUUCAAAUAUUAUUCAUUUUAAUCCUAAGUCGUCAACUGCUUAUUUCAUUCUCAGAAAUUCACAGAAAAACUAUAUAUAAUUUUAGUCCAGUGUAAGUGCCUGGAGUUCCUUGAUUGUGGAAUGCUGAGGGCCAUGUUAAAAGGCUUGGGAGGAAGUUUCAUUUAUCACUGUAGAAAAGGAUCACUUCAGAGAGGAAAGAUGCUCUUCAGUGGAAUCUGAGGAACUGUACGCGGUCAGUCAUAGGAGGAGGUGAUCAGACAGGGCGCAGUGUUUAAGCAAAAACUUUGAUCUUUAAGUUUUGGUAGAUUUCUAAUAUACUAACCAAGCCUUUGAAAUAUAAGCACAAAGAUUCUAUUUUAGUUAGUCUUUAAAUAUAACUAGGAAGGACAGUUAUUGACUUGACUACUUAAAUUUUCAAAUACGUAGCCGCUGUAAAAAAAAAAAACUUUAAAAAGAGCAAGAUAUUAUUUUAAAAAUAUGCAACAUGAAGUUUUCAGCUGAAUACAAUGACAAUUAAAGUAUUAAUAACAUAAUUAAAUUACCAGAGUAAGGUGAAUGCACGCUGAAUUAAAUGACCAAAAUAUAAAAUAUAGAUUUCCAAGACUGUUUACCUGCUUGGCAAAAUAUUGAAUGUAAGUAGCAAUAAUUAGUUUUAUUUCUCCUUUGCUUUUUAAAAAAGAAAAAGAAGAUUUUGAUAUUAUACAAUUGAUGUGUUUCAAAUUCUGUUUGUUAUAUGUAACCAUAGAAGUGUAAUGACAUUUCCGUCAUGAAAAUGGAUUUAUUAUAGCAAAACCCCUAUGCAUUCCUCUUUAGUGUGUCUUUUUCAGUGUAACAAUGAAGCCAUGUGAAUGCUCUAUCUUUGCACGUCCAAUGGAUUCAAAUGAUGUUUUCUAUUAUACUCUAGAGAUUUUUCUAAUGAACUCUUUAACACAGAAAUUUAUUUUUGGAAUCCCUUUCUGUCACUUAUUUAAGAAUAUAUUGUAGGCUUUGAUAACCUUUAACCUGUUUGUUGGAAUAGUCCUUGGCCUUAACUAUUCACUAAUGUAUGCCAGUCCUCAUAGGUGGACACUAUUGGCAAGUCUGUGUUUUAGAGUCUUGGCUUCAUCUCGGUGGCUAACGCUGGUCUUAACUAUCGCUUUUUGGCUGAACAUUCUUAUCCUUUAAAAUGCUGAGUGGAACUAAUUUCUUAGGAAUCUGGUUGAGUCACCCAUCACCGAAUGAGAAAGCCAUUUUUCUGAAAAGUAAUAAUGCAGCAAAUGUCUUCAGCCUCUGAUGGACAGAACUUGUGUACAAAGCACAGGAUGCAUGGGAGUCACACACAGUGCUGGCUGGUCCGGGGCUCUUAAUAGCUGCCCCUCGCCCCUCAGAAAGUUUUCAAGCUGGAAUGGAUAUGUGUGAUUACAAUAAACUCUCGUUUAGGAUUUCUUUUCAUUGAUGUAUAAUUAAUGUUACAUUUCAUGUCUCAUUAAAGCCUUGUAAAAUAAAA